GUAUUCCAGAUCCUGUCCAUAAUUGCUCCAUCUUCAAUGAAACGGAUCACAGCUUCCACGUGGAAUGUGAAGCGGGAUAUGAUGGUGGACUUCAUCAAGAGUUCGUAAUGAAAGUUCAUGAUACGCCUUAUCGAAGACUACGAACAGAUAUGACCUCCCUGUUUCCGAUAUUUCUCGUCAGUAAUCUCCCUUCAGCAUCAAGCUUUGUGGUGGUAGUUUACGCUAUCAACGCUAGGGGCACAAGCCAAAAACAAUAUUUUAGGGUUAAUACACACGCCAGGCCUGAAACUCAGGCUCACAAUGUGUCUAACCAGUGGAGAUUAGCCGUUAGCUCAGUUCUCAUUAUCUUGGUUUCGGUGGCUGUUGGAGUUAUCUCAGUUGCCAUAGUAACAGUCCUUGUUGUCAGAUACAGAAGAAAAAAAGGUCGAGACAAUCGAAACAAAGAGAACGACUACAAAGACAAGAGAACCCCAGAAAAAUACGACUCUCCAGUGGGACUGAACGUCUUAGCAAUGGAAGAAAAAUGUCCAGACCUAAUACCAG